UCACAAUUUUUCUCAUACGGCAUUUGUCGGCGGUGACGAAAGGAAAGAAGAAGAAGAAGCGUUCUUUCGGAGAGUUCGAAGAUGUCGGGCGUUACCAACAACAACGAGGAAGACAAGAAGCCAACCGAACAGGGAGCACACAUCAACCUUAAGGUUAAGGGGCAGGAUGGGAAUGAAGUUUUUUUCAGGAUCAAGAGAAGCACUCAAUUGAAGAAGCUUAUGAAUGCUUACUGUGACCGACAGUCGGUGGAUUUCAACUCCAUUGCUUUUCUGUUUGAUGGACGCCGCCUCCGAGCUGAGCAGACUCCAGAUGAGUUGGAAAUGGAGGACGGGGACGAGAUUGAUGCCAUGCUUCACCAGACAGGAGGUUCUGUUGUCUGAAGGAUGUGAUUACCUUUGCUCUUCAUUAUAAGUAGGAAUUAGUUAACUUAGAGCUAUGUAUGGCAUAAGAUACAUAUUUUAUUAUCUGCUAUUAUAUACAGCUUUUGCCGGUGGAUUUUGGAGGCAUUGUGCUUCCUCUUCAAUAUGAUGAUUAUGAAUGGAUUGUUAUAUUUCUGCUUUAUC